AUGCCUCUCCUCCACACCCUCCUAACCACCUUCCUGGCUGCAUCCACCACCGCCCUCGCAGCAUCACCCAACCCCACCACCACCAGUAGUACUACGACCACCUUCCCCAACACCCUCAACAUCACCACCCUCACCGCGCACAACAACCAAUCCGUCCUCGAAUGCUGGGCCCUCGACCCGGGCUACUCCACCUCCGCCCAAGCCGGCGUCUCCGGCACCGCCAUGCUCAAUCUCGGCCCCGUCACCAGCAACGCAACUAACCUCCUCAUCCCCGGUGAAUAUAAUGGCGGCCUCCAUAAUGCUCCCACAAUUCAAUGGGUCAUCUUCCUCUCCGGCGUCGCGCACAUCACAUUACCGAACUCGACGGACGAGGCGUGGAUAGUCGGGGGUAAGAACGGGGCGAUUCUGGCGCUGGAUACGGCGGAGAUAGUAUGGUUAUCAUGUACACACUCUCAGGCUUGCUAUGAGGGAGUUUACUCCGCUCCUUAG